AUGUGCUCUGAUCGCGCCUAUCUACCGGUGAUAGUGUUCGCAUUCAGCAAGAAAGAGUGCGAGCAGAACGCCCUAGUCUUGCGAAAUAUCGAUCUCGUUACACAGGAUGAGAAAGCCCUUAUUGGGGAUGUCUUCGAGAAUGCUAUGGCGACCCUGAGUCCUGAGGACAGAGAGCUGCAGCAGAUCCAGUCCAUGCUGGGCUUCCUCUCGAGAGGUAUUGGUAUCCAUCAUGGCGGUCUGUUGCCGAUCCUCAAGGAGAUUGUUGAGAUACUUUUCCAAGAGAACUUGAUCAAGGUGCUCUUCUGCACGGAGACUUUCGCCAUGGGUGUGAACAUGCCUGCUAAAACGGUCGUCUUCACUUCGAUUCAAAAAUGGGAUGGUAUUGAACGCAGAACGCUGAAUAGUGGAGAGUACAUUCAGAUGGCUGGCCGAGCUGGUCGACGAGGAAAGGAUGAUAAGGGUUUGGUCAUCAUCAUGCUUACGGAUAAGGUCGAGCCUAAUACGGCUAAGGACAUGUUUUUGGGUGAUGCGAGUCGGCUGGACAGUCAGUUCUACCUCGGGUACAAUAUGCUUCUUAAUAUGCUCAGGCUUGAAGGUGAGUG